UUAAACAAGAAAAUCUCCGUGAAAUUUUGGUGCGUUGUUUUAGUUUGUCGUCAAAAAUCGAGGGUUUUUCUUGUUAGUUUAGAUCCUCCGCUAAACUAUCCCAUUUUUAUUUUCAUUUUAAUUUCAUUUUCAAGAGAGAAAAAAGAAAGGGAAAAAAGCAAGAGCGAGAAAACCAGUGAGGAGGAAAUUUUUAGGGUUUGCAUUUAAAGAAAAGUCUUCAGGAUGUUUGGUUAAAAUUUGAAAGAAAGAUUAGGGGAUUGGUUGUUUUUGAACAAUGGCUUUGAAUUUUUCCCAUCGACCUAUCUUUCCUGCUAAUAUGAAUGAAGACAAUCUGGUUUCUCCUAUGAGAAUCGCAAAUGGAUACCUGGUUGAAGGUAUCCCGGAGUGGAAUGGAGAUGGGUGUUCGAAACCUUGGUUUUCGAAUCAUCAGUUGAAUGAUUGCUUUGAUUAUGGAAGAGAUAGGAGUGGUGAUCGAUGUGGUUCUCAGGAGACUUCUUCUGAUGACAUUGUUGAUCUUUUGCCGUCUGAUCCUUUUGGAAUGGACAUCUCCACUACUUUCACUGCAAUUACUGGUUGGCUUGAGGAUUUGGAAACUGAUUAUGGCUGCUGUGUGAGAGAUGAUGUGGCGACUGGUGAUGGGAGUUAUCAAUUGUUUGCCGGAUUGAACUUUAUUUGGAACAAUGCCAUGUGGUUCCAAAAGUUCCCAGGAAGCAUGGGAUUUGAAGGUAAAGGUGGUAUAUGUUGUGGAUUUGGUGGGUGUCCUCAUGCAAAGGAAAGAGGGGACGUGUCUGGUAGUGCUGCUCUUGGACCAGCAUGUGAUGUAGAGGACGUUUUGUCUUUUGGAAAUGGAGAUAUGGAUUUGCUUGAUCAGGAAAAUGAAGAAUUUCAGGACUCUGAGGAUUUUUCUGAGGGACAUGAAAGAUCUCCUCAUGAAGCUCUUAUUUUGGCCCUUGGUUAUCUUGGUGUGCGGGAUCUUUUCGUCAUUGAAAAUGUUUGUACAUCUCUGAGAUCUAUAGUUCAGAAUGACCCUCUCUUAUGGAGGAGUAUUCACAUUGAUCCGCCACUAAAUGAGAAGAUUACUGAUGAUCUUUUACAAAUAGCUAGUAGAUGUCAAGGUAGCUUGCAAUGCUUGAGCCUGGUUGAUUGCCAAAGGAUUACCGAUGAAGGCCUAAAGCAUGUGGUCGAAAAUAAUCCAAAACUAAUCAAGUUGAGUGUACCUGGAUGUACAAAACUAAGUGUCGAUGGUAUUCUGAAUAGCCUAAAGGCUUUGAAGUCUAUGGGCUCACUAGGUGUGAAGCAGCUGAGGAUUGGCAGUCUUUAUGGUGUGACACAAAUGCACUUGGAAGAGCUGAAAUUCUUGUUGGGUGUGGACAACCAAAUUCAGCAGGUUGAGCUCAAGCCACAUUUUUAUAGCAGAAGAAAUAUAUAUCUCUCUUGUGAAGAUGAUCGUGCCAUUGAUAUUGAAAUGUGCCCAAGAUGCAAAAACGCGAGGCUUGUUUAUGAUUGUCCAGCAGAGGGUUGCCAGCAGAAAGGGCGUGCUGCUCAGUCAUGCAGGGCAUGCAUUAUUUGUGUGGCAAGAUGUGUUCAAUGUGGGAGGUGCUUUAAUGACAGUGAGUACGAGGAGAACUUCUGUCUGGAGUUGCUUUGUUCGGAUUGUUCAAAGUCACAACUCACUCUUCGUCAAACUGUUCAAGGCAGCCAGAAAGCAAUAUACUAUGAUUUGUCUCCAUCUUUAUCGUUGCUUGUUUAUUCUGCUCAAAAUUUCAGCCUAUUACUGGACUUGACCGAGCCUUAGAUUCUCUGAGCUAAUGGGUUAGUGAUAUUUGGAGAAAAGAGAGAAGUGCACUUGCAUAUGUUGUCCAAGAGAAGCAUAUUCUGGUUUUGGUGGAUUCUUCUCGCACAUUUGUGUUUGCUUGUGGAUGAUCAUUGCUGAUGUCAAGAAUAAAGGUGGAAAGUGAGUUUGCCAAGGAAGCAGUUCAAGUAUUAACUUAUGUGUUCAAAAGUGGAAUCUGUUUACAGAACCUUCUGCUCAGAACUGGGAAACUGUGGUGGCCGUCGAAUGUGACUGACGCCCACUCUCAUGAUCACC